UCUCUAUAAUCUCCCCAUUCACAUACACUCUCUACUUUCUCUCUCUAGUUUCUCUCUCUAAAACUCAUAUUUAUACUCACCACCUUCUCUAAAAUUUCUUGUUCUUGAGUUUAAUUCUUCUGCUUCUUGUUUUUUUUGGUUUGUGUUAAGUUUAAGCAAUUUUUUUAAAAAUGGUGGUUCUUUCUCAAACAGCAUUAGACUAUUACUCUCUGAUGAAAACAUGCAAGCCAACGUCUGGUUUAUUCAAUGGAAUACCAGUGAUUGAUUUGAAAGACCCUCAAGCCAAAUUUCUUAUAGUUGAAGCUUGUAAGGAAUUUGGUUUUUUUAAGUUGGUGAAUCAUGGUGUUCCGUUUGAAUUCAUGACAAAAUUAGAGUCUUUGGCUUUGAAUUUCUUUAAUCUUCCUCAGUCUGAGAAGGAUAAAGCUGGUCCGCCUGACCCUUUUGGCUAUGGUAAUAAAAGAAUUGGCCCUAAUGGUGAUGUUGGCUGGAUUGAAUAUCUUCUGCUCAAUACAAACUCCCAAAUUACUUCCCAUAAUAUCCUCUCCAUUUUCAAAGAAAACCCAGAAGUUUUCAGGUCUGCUGUGAAAGAUUAUAUAACUGAAGUGAAGAGAAUGUCCGACGAAGUGUUGGAAUUGAUUGCGGAAGGGUUAGGGAUUAAGCCGAAGAAUGUGUUGAGUAAGAUGCUGAGGGAUGAGAAAAGUGACUCAUGUUUCAGGCUAAAUUACUACCCGACGUGUCCGGAGGUUCAGCUUCAGGCAUUGAGUGGUAGAAAUUUGAUUGGAUUUGGGGAGCAUACAGACCCACAGAUCAUAUCUGUCUUGAGAUCUAAUAACACCACUGGGCUCCAAAUCUGUUUGAAAGAUGGGACUUGGGUUUCAGUUCCACCUGAUCAGUCCUCCUUUUUCAUCAAUGUUGGUGAUGCCUUGCAGGUGAUGACUAAUGGAAGGUUUAGAAGUGUGAAACAUAGAGUUUUGGCAGACACAAAAAGAUCAAGAAUUUCAAUGAUAUAUUUUGGAGGCCCACCUUUGAGUCAAAAGAUUGCAGCUUUACCUUGUGUAAUGAAAGAAGGUGAAGAGAGUUUAUAUGAACAAUUCACAUGGUGUGAAUAUAAGAAGUCAGCUUAUAAAUCUAGGUUGGCUGAUUAUAGGCUUGGGGUAUUUGAGAAAAAUUGCAGGCCAAUUGUGUAAUCACAAAAAAAAAAUGAAAAAAAAAUGUAAUUUUAGGGUUUUGUCAAUGGUCAAAAUUAGGUUUGAAAUAGUUGACUUAUGUUACUAUAGAUGGAAACAUAUAGGUUUGCUUUUUUACUUUUCUUUAUGACUUUUUUUUUUAUUUUUUGUUUCUAUUUUUUUUUUUGCCUAUAGCCAUCUUUGUUUAAUCGUAACAUUUCUAUUUAUAAUGCAAGUUCUUCAUUAUCAUGUUA